UUUUCUGUAAAGUACAAUGAUAAGAAUUUUUGUGGAAUUUUCAGGUAGAGGCGGUCAUGACCUACAAGAAAAUCUUUUACAUGAAAGAGGUUAUCUUCGAUCUCUGGAAAUCUUCAAGAGAUGCAGAACAGGCAACAAUUUUAUUGUGGCACUUGGAGUGGUAGUUCUUGCCAUUGUUUUUGCAAUCAUGUUGGUAAACUGGGCAAAACCUAUCUUUAAUCAAAGCGAUUCGAGCAUGAUGGUUUUCAUUCUUUUAAUCAUAUUUAACCUUGUCGGUGUCCUCAGCAUUGGAGGCUUGUCAAUGUCACGGAAGAAUGAAACAACAAAUGAUCGGAUGAAUGGGAAAAAAAUGACAUUUUUUUGA